AUGAUUCAAGAGAUUGCAAUCGCCUUGCUGGCGCUCUUUCUCAUAUUGGCGCUGAUGUUGGCCUAUGAAGAUGACGACCUGGAUGAAAAAGUGCAAACAGCUCAACAGGAGAAUCGUGCUCAAGCGUCGGGAGGUAGGGCGCAUAAGAAACCUCGCAGCGGUGGCGGAAGAGAUCCCAGGCAUAGCGCCAGUGGAAGUGCUGUCAAACGUCACACAGGUGGAAGUGGUGCCAGACGUAGUAAAGUCGGGAAUGCUAGCAGACACAGCCCCAGUGGAAGUGCUGACAGACGUAGCGCCGGUGGAAGAGAUGAGAGAAAUAGUAAUUUCCCGAGAAAUGUAAGGGAUGACAGAGGUGGAAGCGACGAAGGACUCAAUCAACAAUGCUGGGCUGAUCAACAACAACAAGAUAAACAACAACAGAAUGACAACAUGUAUCAGCGAAGUGACGACAGGUAUCAGCGAGAUAGUGACGACAGGCAUAACCGAAGUGACGACAGGCAACCACGUAGCGAGGAUAUGCAACAACGAAGCGACGACAGGCAACCGAGCAGCGACGGAAGAAAUCGCAGCAGCAAUGAAAGACCUAGACGUCAUCACAGCCGACAUCGCGCUAAAGGAGAACGUUUACGAGGACUUCACAACAGGUCUCCGUCGUACAACAGAUCGCCGUCGUACUAG